AGGUAAAAGUGCACCUCCAGCCCCGGCAGGAUCACGGACGACAUCAGCUGUGACUUCUUCCUCCUCUGCAGCUUCCCCAGGAUCUGACGGCCCACUUCCAUUUCCCACAACGUUCACGCCACACUCUGGGGAGACAAGCACUAAAAUAGGACGCGGCCCCUUUAAGACGCGCUCCAGGAGGAAACAGGAAGUUUCUGGGACAUGAACAUUUAACACAAAGAAACAAAAACGAAAGAAAUUGUCUGACAUGGCGGGGAUUAAAGCUCUGGUCAGUUUGUCCUUCAGCGGUGCCCUUGGACUGACCUUUCUGCUUUUGGGCUGUGCGUUGGAGCAGUAUGGAGUCUACUGGCCUCUGUUCGUGCUGAUUUUCUACGUGAUCUCGCCGUUGCCGUACUUCAUCGCCACCAGGUGCGGAGACGACACAGAUUCCUCGAGCAACACGUGCAGGGAGCUUUCACACUUCCUGACCACAGGGAUCGUGAUCUCAGCGUUCGGCCUGCCUGUUGUGUUGGCUCGCACACAAGUGAUCAAAUGGGGAGCCUGUGGCCUGGUGAUGGCGGGAAACAGUGUCAUCUUCCUCACCAUCCUCGGUUUCUUCCUGGUGUUCGGCGGCAGCGAUGACUUCAGCUGGGAGCAGUGGUAAAGUCGUGACCAGAGGACGGGUUGCCAGAUUGAGGGGAGUUCCUGACGUCUGUUUUCAUAAAGGGGAGGGGGGGGUGUGGGUGCAAUACGGGAAGGUUAAGGCUGAGCUUCAUUAGUGUGGUUAACGGAGGUGUUGUUGAGUCAAGGAAGGAAGGAAGGAGAUCCUCGAGGGGAGCUUUUCAGCGUCUGAUGUGUGUCACUGACUCACGACUCGCGCUUAAAUUAACACACUCAAUGUAAAUUCCUGGGAGGGUUCCUGCAUUACUCCUCACAGAAGAACUGACUUGAUUCACGCUAGAUUCAUAAUUAACACUAUUUUCAAAUCAUUCUAUAAAUAUUCGUGUUCUUGUGCCCUUUUUCCCAUAUAACUAUAAUCCUAAAGGAAUGGUUAAAAACACCUAGAACUUUCCGGAUAAAUCCGCAAAAAGACGCUACGGACAAGAUAAAGAAAACACACUUGAUGACGUAAAGCAUAAAGGAUCUCUGUGUGAAGACAAAGCUUCUGUCAUAUCGAUAUGUCAAAAGAAAAAAAAAUCUGGACCCCUCACUGCCCUUUCGCCAUAAAGAACUCUUUUAGACCCUUUAAUUCAGACAUGACGGCUUAACAAAGCUUCUCAUUUAGGCGUGUUAUUAAUAAUCCAUUCAUACGUCCGCACCACGACGCACAGCUCGGCCUUGUGGUUAACGGCCCUCCUUCUAGCGAAUGUAAAGAUAAAUGAGUUGUCUCCGACUAGCUUCAGGCUGCUAUUCCAAUUUCACGUUUGUUUAACUCAUCUUUCCUACAACUUGUGACGAUGAAUCACAUCCAAAUGACUCUGAUUCAGGGUACUCUGAACAAUGAAUACAUCUCCUUUAUACCAGGAAUUGCAUUUAAAUGUCUGUCACAUAUAUACGAUUCUUUACAUGUCUAAAAUGACUCAUUUGUGUCCAGUUCGUGUACUCAUUCCCGUCUCAGAAUCAUUCGCUUGUGAUUCGUAUACACUGUUUUAGAAUCAUUUGGAUUUGAUUCAUAUACACUCGCUGAAACAUUUGCAUUUGAUUCUUGUACACUAUCUGAAUCACUUGCAUUUGAUUCUUGUACACUAUCUGAAUCACUUGCAUUUGAUUCUUGUACACUGUAUCUGAAUCACUUGCAUUUGAUUCUUGUACACUAUCCGAAACUUUUGCGUUUGAUUCUUGUACACUGUAUCUGAGUCAUUUGCAUUUGAUUCAUGUACGCUGUAUCGGAAUCACUUGCUUUUGAUUCGUGUACACUGUAUCUGAAUCAUUUGCAUUUGACUCAUGUAUGCUGUACCAGUUUGAUUUAGUAAGUCAAGGAUCGUUUUUAUCCGAAUCAUUUGCAAUUCAUUUUAUCCGAAUCAAUUUAUGUACACUGUACCUGAAUCAUUUGUAUUUGAUUCUGUAUCACUCGUAUGAAGUUGAUUCAUCGGAAAGUAUUCACUUCAUACAAAUGAAACGGCGUAAAAACUUCUAACCCGUCCACUUAGCUCGUAUCAACCAAAGUCCAUUUUUAUAUCUUUAAGCUUUUUAAACCUGAACCUUAAUCUGUAUUUACAUAAAAACUAAUAAAGCUCAAGCCUUCCUCCCUCGUCAUCUUCAUCAUCAUCAUCAUCAUCAUGUUCAUCAUUAGCGUAUUUAAUGUAAACAGAGAAGGAUUAAAGGAAAAUUGGAGGGAAAAGCCAUAGCAAUUUCUAUGUUUAUUAAAAUAGCUUGGGUGUUGCAUUUCACCGCAAAUAUAUAUAUAUAUUUUUCUGAUUUUUUUCUUAACCAGUUUCCACAGCUCCUGUCCGUGUAUCUGAGUAAAAAGAUGUAAACAGUCUCCGUCUCUGCACUAGGUCUAAUACGACUCCUGUAUUAUUUCUCUUAUCUCUUCCUGUAACACAGUGUAAUGAUUGUUAUUAUUUUCCUGUGUGUGUAUGUGUGUGUGAGAGAUAGUAAGCAAUAAAGCUCUUGUAUUUCGA